AUGGAAGUCUCUGCUCUCAUUUCAAGAAAAAUGAUGCACACCGAUUUCGAAAGACACAUAACCCGACCCGGAACUCUACGAUACGACAAACUUACAGACGCAUUGAACUCCGAGUGGAUCGCAUAUUGGCUACUCAAAGCCACCUACUUCACCUUUCUCGUUCUCUUUUCACUCUUCUCAACGUGUGCUGUCGUUUACGCCACUGCUUCCAUUUACACUUCACGUAAUCUAACAUUCACCGACAUCAUCAGCGUCAUCCCAAAGGUCUGGAAGAGACUCACGGUCACUUUCGUGUGCGUGUUUGUCGUUCUCUUCAUUUACAACGUGCUCGCAAUCCUGAUAGUCGUUUUCUACAUGGUGCAUUUUCCUGAUAACGCGUUUGGUAUCGUGGUGUUUCAUCUUAUGUUGAUUUUAUACUUGGUGGGGUUCAUUUACAUGAGCAUUAUAUGGCAAAUGGCUUGUGUUGUUUCGGUUUUGGAAAGCUCUUACGGGCCUAAAGCUAUGAUGAAAGGGAAUGGUUUGAUUAAAGGGAAACGAUGGGUGGCCAUUGUCGCUUUCUCGAAGCUGUAUCUGUCAUUUUUCGCGGUGCAAAUCGUGUUUGAAGUAUACGUUGUCGUUUAUGGACGUACGUUGGGGGUUUGGAAAAGGGUCGGGGUUGCGGUGUUGUGCGUGGUGGUGCUAUCGAAGGUGUUUCUCUUCGGGCUCGUGGUUCAAACGAUCCUGUAUCUGGUGUGCAAGUCGUACCACCAUGAGAACAUUGAUAAAUCGAGCUUGGGUGAUUUGCUGCAAGGGUAUCAUGGAGACUAUGUGGCUUUGAAUGGAGAUGAUAAUCUUGAACUGGAGCAGCCUCAGGUUUGA